UGCCCCUUUCUUUCUCUCAAUUCUCGCGUGUAACUUCCGAACGCAAAUUAGCCUACUUGAGAGAGAGAGAAGAGAACACACAGAGAAGAAAAUACAGAGAACCCCAAAACCACACAACAACAAUAACACAGAGAGAGAGAGAGAGAGAGAGAGAGAGAGAGGCUCAGACAGACUCAGACUCAGACACAGACAGAGAGACAGACACCACCAUAAAAAUACAACCACUAGAAGACUCGAGACUCUGAGAGAAACUAGAGCAAACACACAGAAGAAAACUGCUCUCUCAUCUAUCCCAUUCUUCUUGUAAAUCAUUCAUCUUUAGAGAGAAAGACAAAGAGAGAGAUCUCCGUUGUCAUUCUGCAUUGCCCACUUCGUAGUGGACAAGGUAAUCUCACCAGUUGUAUCUCAAAUACCCAGAAUUUGGAUUUCACAGAUUUUCCCAUUAACGCUUUGAAUCCGCUCUCUUUAGCCCUUUUGAUCGAUACCCUCUUUAAAUUGGCUUCGACCCGCGAAAUAAAACUUAAAAAUUGUAUAGUGCUCGAUUGUCCUUCUUCUUUUUGUUGUUUUUUUGUUUUUUGAAAAUUUGAUUUUUUUCCCAGAAUUUUUUGAGGAGUGGGAUUAGGGUUUUUGAUAGUGGGUAUUUUGCUCAGAGCAUGCUUUGUUUUGGUGGAUAUUUUAGGGUUUCGUUGGAUCGCAACUGGGUACUCGUCCAAUUCCGCUGUUUUGGACUAAUUAGGGUUUGAUCAGAGCACAAUUGAGGAACUGGCAGAUAUUGGAAUCAUCGCGGCCGCUCAUAGAAUGAGCAUAAGCUCCGAUCUUUCCCCGGAACGGAAUUGUGGAUUUGCCAGAGCUGGGUUGAGUACAUGAACUCUGAGAUUGCAUAGAAUUAUGGGAGUUAUUGUUUUUCUGAGCAUGGAAGAAGAUUGCACAUACUGAAUUGGGUACAUGAGUGAUCAGAGACUUGUGGGAUCAGAAUUUCGGAGCAAAAGGACUUCUGGGUUUUUGCUGUUUUUGCGUGCUUGAUCUUCAGCUGGGAAUGAAUUUGGUUUUGGGUUAUAAGGAGGAGCUGAUGAUUCUGUAUUGGUCCAGAAGGCAACACAGAGGAUUGGAUUGUAGUGGACCGUUUUCGUUUCUCAAAAAACCGUUUGGCUUAACUUAGUUUGAACAAAGUUCUUGACAGAAUAGCUUUUGAAGUAGUUAGUUUAUCUGGGUUUUGUUGGAUUUUAGAUCAGUUUUGUGUUGCAGUUGUUUCCACUGAGCUGGUGCUUUUUGCUGAGCCUUGGUUUUUCAAGUGAAUUGUGUGUGUUAUUGCUUUGCCUGCCUGCACUUCUGUGUGGAAACGAUUAAGGAUUGGUUCAAGUGCCUGUUGGAGUGACUGAGAAGCUCAUGGAGGAUUUUUGAUGCUGGGAAUGAAUGCGGGGACAUGGUGCAUGGACAGGAGCAUAGUUGCUGGUUCGUUCCCUUUCUGGAACAGUGCUACUGGAAACUAAUUCAGGAGUUUUCUUCCUUGGAAGGCACUGGUGUUUUGUAUUGUGGGAUUUUGUGCAAUGUCGCGCUGCUUUCCAUUUCCUCCACCUGGAUAUGAAAAAAAGGCUAGGAAGGAUGAUGUGGACUUGCUAAAAAAGGAGAAGCACAGAGAAAAGAAGCAUAAGAAGGAAAAAAAAGACAAAGAGAAGAGAGAAAGUAAAGAAAAAAGUGAGAAAGACAGAAGUGAUGGAAAGCAUCAGGAAAAGAAAGACAAGAAGGAAAAAAACAGAGACAAGAAGAAGAAUAAGGAGAAAGACAGGGACCCCGUUAAAGAUAAAAUUAGUCCUUCAGAUGAGAAGAGAAAUCCGGGGAAAACUGAGAGUUUUGGUGCAGAGAAAUUCAUUCCUAAAGAGUACAAAGAUAACUGUGUUGACAAGAGAUAUACUGGGCAAGUUGGAGGUUAUCAGGCCGAGAAGCUCAGUCAAAAUCAUCAUCUGGCUGAGGAGAACCACAAUUCUGUAUUGUUGGAGUUGGGUAGGAGAACUAAAGAUGAGGCCAGAGGAAUUGGUAAUCAUGUGGUUGAGAAGAUUUCUGAAUCAGACCGAAAGAAGGAUGAGGGGAUGGUCAGAUUGGUGGCUAAGGAUGCUGACAUUUUGGCUGAAGUCAAGGAAAAGAACAAGGACAAGAGAGUUGAUGACAGAAAGACGGAUGGGCAAGGCAUCAGGGUUGCAGCACAGAUUAGUGGGAACACAAUGGUUCAAAACCCUGUUGGUAUGGUUGAAACUAAAGUUGGAGGACUUUCCAGACCAUUGGGGAGCAACGUGGAUAGAAAGAUUGAUGGAAAAGAAAAGACCAAAGAGAAGGAAGGUGAUGAUAAACGAAGGGAGAAACGCAAGGAGAAAGAUAGAGAGAAGAAAAAACAAGGGAAAGACAAGGACAAGGAUAAAGAAAAGAAAAAGGAAGCGAAAGCAAAGGAGAAAAAUGAAUCUAAGAAUGCAGAGCCAGGUAAAGAGAAGAAAAAGGAAGAGAAAGCAAAGGAGAAAAAUGAAUCUAAGAAUGCAGAGCUGGAUAAAGAGAAGAAAAAGGAAGAGAAAGCAAAGGAGACAAAUGAAUCUAAGAAUGCAGAGCCAGAUAAAAUAAGAAAGAGCAAUAAAGAGGAUCAUAUAGACCCUCAUUACGUUAUAACCUCCCAACUUUCGAAAGACAGCAACAAAAGUGCUGGUGCUGAUGGAAAUCUUAAGAAACGGAAGGACUUGCAGACAAAUGGAGUUUUGCAUGCCAAUGACAUUAGGCCCAGUAAACUGCCGCGACCCUCUUCGUCCUCUCAUCCAUUAACGGUAAAUGGAAGAACAGUGGAACCUUGCCAAACUUCCACCCCGUAUGUUUCAGAUAGGCUGGGAUCAGCAAAUAAUGUUAAGGUGGACAAUAAGGACUGCAAGAUAAAUGGCAUCGUUGAAUCUCCGUCAUUGUCUGUCUCCCCUGCAAAGCUGACUUCUACAGCUGCACAGACUGUUCCUGUUGCCGAAGCAUCUGUGAGACCGCCCCAUCCAGAUUCCAGAUAUCUAAGCCAGGUUUAUUUGGUUCCAAAGGUGGACGAAGUGCCUGAUUAUGACGAUGAAGAUUGGUUGUUUGGGUGCAGUGGUAACCAAUCAAAGAAGCCCAAGGUGGAAUCUUCAGGGGUUGAGGAGACACCUGAGGUAUGGUCAGAGGCUCUGCGGAUAGAGUCUGCUGAUGUUCACGCUCUACCGUAUGUCAUUCCAUAUUGAUUGACUCAAAUGGGCAUGCUUCACUGCUUCACCUCCAAACUCUUGAUGCGGGCAACCCUCGAUAGGACCACACUAGACCAAAGCUAGAAAGGCUUCUGGCCACCUUGGACAUAUAUUCAGAGUUUUCUAGCUGCAUUCAGCUGUGAUUGCACUCUGUUGCAGUGAGUACGACUAAUGGUCUGCUUCUCAAACAGUCUCAAAUGCAAAGGUUGCCAGGGUCACUCACACAUUAUGGCUUGCCCCAGGACCGGGCGGGCUAUUUGGAUUCAAGGGCUGGUUUUCCCCAACAGCUAAUUCAUUCAAAAUGGAAAUUUUCAUAAGUGCGACCAAGUGAAGGGUUGCGUAGAAAGGGAGAUAGAUAUAUAAAAGCUUGUGCAAUUUUUGUUUUCAUUUGCUUAGGAGCUGAGAAGCUCAUUCUAAUUGAGCAUUUAAGAGAAACUAGCCACAAUUUUGAUUUGUAACAUAGAACUCUUAUUUACAAGAAAUGUAAGAUAGAAGGAAAGGGAAAGUAGUUGCAUUCGUUCGUUGGCC